UAGCAUCGCACGAGUGUGGCACCAUCAGCGGUCAGAGGAAGAGAUCUCAAACUCGUCAUGUUUCGCUUUAUUGCUUGUUUUGUUUCUUUCUGCCGAAUCAAGAUUUCCGGUUAUUGAAGCCUGAUGUGUUCAGAAGCAGCUACAGUAUGGAACAUAAAUACAGAAAUACAACAAAACAAAGAUGCGUAUGAAAUAAACUGCUUUCCAGGAACGUCUAGCAGUGGUUUCCAGGACAGAGAAGAGCACAUGACCGACGGCCAGCGGCUGAGAGGAAACCACCAUUUUGAACGAUGAAUUAUUUGAGGCAGUGAAGUUCACAGGACGAGGACAACAAACAUGUCAUCCAAAUCAUCUCUUCUUAAAGUCAUUCUUCUGGGCGACGGCGGCGUGGGCAAGAGCUCGCUCAUGAACCGCUACGUCACCAACAAGUUCGACGCGCACCUCUUUCACACCAUUGGCGUGGAGUUCCUCAACAAGGACCUGGAGGUGGACAACCGCACGGUCACCCUGCAGAUCUGGGAUACGGCCGGCCAGGAAAGAUUCCGCAGCCUGCGAACGCCCUUCUACCGCGGCUCCGACUGCUGCCUGCUGACCUUCAGCGUGGACGACAGCCAGAGCUUCCACAACCUGGUCAACUGGAGGAAAGAGUUCAUCUACUACGCCGACGUCAAGGAGCCCGACAGCUUCCCGUUCGUGGUUCUGGGCAACAAGGUGGACGUGACGGAGAGGCAGGUGACGAGCGAGGAAGCUCAGGAGUGGUGCAGGGAGAGCGGCGGAUACCCGUAUUUCGAGACCAGCGCGAAAGAUUCGACGAAUGUGGCGGUUGCGUUCGAGGAAGCCGUCAGAAGAGUUCUGGCUCUGGAGGAGCGACACGAGCAUUUGAUUCCCACAGACACCGUCAGCCUGCAUCGGAAGCCUCGCGGCGCCUCGCCGUGCUGUUAAUGGACAGGAAUCAUCUAAUUACGUUAGCUAUUUAAUGAUCCUUGAAUGAACUGGAUGAGUCUGCGUUAUAUUUGAACUUGGAUAAUAUGCACUUACUCGUAAACACUGGCUUGGUAUCAUUGGGUGACGCUCUUGAAUCUGAACUGCCUGAAUUUAAGCAAUUCUGUGCAUUCAGAUGUUUUAUAUAUAUAUAUAUCUCGAUCUCUCCUAUGGGAUUUGAGUGGGAUACUGUGUAGACGGAUGUCAUUUUGUGUUCAGCAUGAUAGUCUGAUAGUGAAGAGCAAAUGUAAUAAAUGCACUGCAGUAUUGCACGGCGUUUUCUUAAUCAGGACUUUUGUUUUCCACUUUAAAAAUAUCUGAAUGUCAUUAAAACAAAAUGGAUUUACUGGAGACACUGUCUUGUUUUCCAGCACAAAUUCUUAAAUCAAGAUACAUUUACUGGAGAAACAAAAUGACUGAAGAUAUUAAGUGUUGCUUUAUGAAAAAUGUAUCGAAAUGAAGUGAGUUUGUGCUUAAAACAUGAACAAAUAUCUGCCAAUGGGGUCAGAAAAAUAAUCUUAACUCGAAGGAAAAACAAGAUUAUUUUCCGUAAACAAGAUGUAAUAUCUUCAGUCAUUUCUCUUCUCCAGUAAAUGUAUCUUGAUUUAAGAAUGUUUAGAUAUUUUUGCUGGAAAACAAGACAGAAAUACUGAGGAAGAACAUCAUUUUUUUGCAGUGGAAGCACAGCUGUUUUCAGUUUACCUCAUUGAUAAGUAGUUUUUCUAAUUUACCAAAAACAACUCUUAAUAUCAUACUCCGUUAUGCUUGUCUAGUAAAUGGAUUUUCAGAUAUUUUUACUGGAAAACAAGACAAAAGUACUGAGGGGAAAAAUAGAUGUUCUUUUCCUAUAACUAUGAUUAACUUGCGCAGGAUGGGCGUUCACACACUGUGGCUGAUUUCUAAUAUAUUAACAUUAUAAAAUUGUGUAGCGUGUGCCAAAUAUAUAUAAAAUACUUGUACUAAAAGUAUGAAUAAGGUGGAAAGUUUAAGCACUUACUUUAAAAAGAAGCACUAAAAUCUUAAUAUUGUAGAUUAAAUUGAAAUUAAAAAGUACUGAACAAUA